AUGAAUGAAUGGUUUACCCAGUAUCUGAGAACAAACCCUGUUGUACAACGACCUCCCCCACCUAUUCCUCAACCGGUUCCUAAGGUACCACAAGGUGCUGAACCUGUUAAAAUUGGUAAGCCUUCGAUAGAUAAAAUUUGCAAGCAUGGAGUGGAAAAAUUUAAAGCUACCGUAGAUGAUGAUCCAUUAAGGGCUGAGUUUUGGCUAGAAAAUACUAUUUGGGUAUUUUAUGAAUUGUCCUGCACGCCUACCGAAUGUCUGAAAUGUGCAGUAUCCCUAUUGAAAGAUACAUCUUCUCAUUGGUGGAAUACCAUAACUUCAGUUGUACCGAGAGAGAACGUUAUAUGGGAAUUCUCCCAGGCUGAAUUCAAAAAGAAAUAUGUUUGUCAGAAAUUCAUGGAUCAAAAAAACAAAGAACUUUUAGAGUUCAAACAAGGAAACUUAACUGUAUCAGAAUAUGAACGAGAAUUUGUUCGGUUGAGCAAAUAUGGCAGAGAAUGGGUUUUAACUGAGGCUGAGAUAUGUAAAUGCCUUGAAGAGGGUUUAAAUGAAGAUAUCAAGUUAUUGAUUGGAAUUCUCGAAAUAGGGAAAUUUGCGGUGUUAGCCGGUCGAGUUCACAAAGUUGAGGAAUGA